AUGGCGCUGCUGAGCGAGAUGUGGGAGGCGAAGCUGGAGCUAGACGUCAUCAGCUAUACUGCUGGGAUCAGCGCGUGCCUGGAGCCCAACGUCAUCAGCUAUAAUGCUGGGAUCAGCGCGUGCGAGAAGGGCGAGCAGUGGCAGCGGGCCCUGGCGCUGCUGAGCGAGAUGCGGGAGGCGAAGCUGGAGCCCAACGUCAUCAGCUAUAGUGCUGGGAUCAGCGCGUGCGCGAAGGGCGAGCAGUGGCAGCGGGCCCUGGCGCUGCUGAGCGAGAUGUGGGAGGCGAAGCUGGAGUCCAACGUCAUCAGCUAUAGUGCUGGGAUCAGCGCGUGCGAGAAGGGCGAGCAGUGGCAGCGGGCCCUGGCGCUGCUGAGCGAGAUGCGGGAGGCGAAGCUGGAGCCCAACGUCAUCAGCUAUAGUGCUGGGAUCAGCGCGUGCGCGAAAGGCGAGCAGUGGCAGCGGGCCCUGGCGCUGCUGAGCGAGAUGCGGGAGGCGAAGCUGGAGCCCAACGUCAUCAGCUGUAGUGCUGGGAUCAGCGUGUGCGAGAAAGGCAAGGAGUGGCAGCGGGCCCUGGCGCUGCUGAGCAAGAUGGAGGAUGCAAAGUUACGGCCCAACACCAUCGGGGACAGCGAUGAGACCAGUGCUUGCGAGAAGGGCGAGCUGUUGCAGCGGGCUUCGGUACAGCUGGAUGAGAUGCGUGGGACUACGCUCGAAUCGAGCGUCAUCACUGAGACACGCUCGAACGGCAAAGUCAAACCCGAAGAGGCUGAUCUGACAUUACACGCGAGCGCUGGAACCACAGAUGAUCCAGCUAGGUGUAUCGGACAUGCUCGCAAUCGUGUGUGCCCCACAGGAGUCCACGUUCUCAAGCGUCGUAACGGAAGCAAGCGUACAUAUAGCACCAACCAUGUACGACGUGGCAGUGUAGUUACCACAGCUGAGGUUGCUGUCUCGCAGCAGUGGAUUCGCAAACGAUCCCCUGGCAACGUAGAGGAUGCUGCGGGCGUUGGCGCUGUGGGUGGCCUGACCUUCUUCACCGAUGUCGUGAAGUCUCACGUUGACGAAAGCGGCACCCUCACCAGGAUAGAUUUUCGCGAAGUGAAGCCGGGCGUCUCUACUGACCACAUGAAGCAGGCUAUGGGUGCGCUGUUCUUUAUCAGUUGGGCCAUCCGAGAGCGCCCACCACCGGUUCCGACGAAGCUCUUCCUUGAUUUACCAGAAGAUAUACAUGAAGAGGUACGUCACUGCUUUGAGUCACUGGGUGUUGAGAUUUGCGUAUGGCCAGAUAUGCCGACAUCAGUGGCAGCAUCUCCACCUGCGGAGCCCAGGGCAAGGAGGGCGAGCAGUGACAGCGGGCUUUAG